AUGAUUCAAAAUGUUACGGAAAGGUCAUUGUCAAUUGUUCACCUUCUUUUAUCCAACAAAAAUGAGGCCGGAUUAAAAUCAAAAGUAGCUUUAUUCAACAAUCUUUCUGACAAUCACACCAAAAAGCAAGCGGUGAACCCCUUCUCGAACGGCAACACUGUAGCUAGCUUAGGCAAACCAAAAAUAUCAAAGGAAGACUAUGGAAAGCCUCCAAAAGGUUCUCUAUCUGAGCAAAGAGGGUUCAAGGCAACCAUCAGUGUCUGCAGGGAGAUGCUCCAGUUGUGUGAAGUGAUCAACCAAUUCGGGGAACCCCUGUUCGCUGCUCACGAGAAGAAAAAUGACCCUAGGAAAGUUAUCAGUUUUGGAAACCUUUUCUCGAUUUAUACGGCAAUCUCAGAUAAAGUGGUGGGUAUGCUUAUAAGAGCCAGGAAAUAUCAGUUGGUUGAAUUUGAAGGAGAAUGCCUCUUCCAAAGGCGCGACGACCAUGUACCAAUCAUCUUACUCAAAUCCUAUCCAGAAAUCUACAAAAUCCUGAACGAAAAAAUAUCAGCUGCCAAUGCCCAACUUAAAGAAAGCAUAGCCGUCUACGGCGACCUUGAAACAAGC